AUGGGAGAGAGUGGAGAGGAGCCAGGGAAUGGUUUCACUGAUAUGGGAGAGAGUGGAGAGGAGCCAGGGAAUGGUUUCACUGAUAUGGGAGAGAGUGGAGAGGAGCCAGGGAAUGGUUUCACUGAUAUGGGAGAGAGUGGAGAGGAGCCAGGGAAUGGUUUCACUGAUAUGGAGGAGGGGAGGAAGGAGCCAGGGAAUGGUUUCACUGAUAUGGGAGAGAGAGGGGAGGAGCCAGGGAAUGGUUUUCACUGAUAUGGGAGAGAGGAGAGGAGCCAGGGAAUGGUUUCACUGAUAUGGGAGAGAGAGGAGAGGAGCCAGGGAAUGGUUUCACUGAUAUGGGAGAGAGAGGAGAGGAGCCAGGGAAUGGUUUCACUGAUAUGGGAGAGAGAGGAGAGGAGCCAGGGAAUGGUUUCACUGAUAUGGGAGAGAGAGGAGAGGAGCCAGGGAAUGGUUUCACUGAUAUGGGAGAGAGUGGAGAGGAGCCAGGGAAUGGUUUCACUGAUAUGGGAGAGAGAGGAGAGGAGCCAGGGAAUGGUUUCACUGAUAUGGGAGAGAGUGGAGAGGAGCCAGGGAAUGGUUUCACUGAUAUGGGGAGAGAGAGGAGAGGAGCCAGGGAAUGGUUUCACUGA